AUGCGGUUGUAGCGACAACAAGAUAUAUAUGAAGGUUAAUGAGGAAAUUAUAUCAGCAGAUUGUAAAACGAAGAAAAUAUGUAAACCUGGUAACGAAAUAGUAACAGAAAAUAUCGCUCCUUGUGGUGAAAGCAGCCAUUGCGGAAUUCAAAGACGGAGACAUGCAUGUGUUUGUAAUGAAAAUUUCAUUCUUCAUAACGGAAAAUGUGUUCACACUGUGUGUAAUAAACCAAUUGAUCUUGCGUUUAUGAUCGACGAUUCUGAAAGCAUUGGAGAGGAAAACUUUAUAAAAAUUAAACAGUUUGUGAAGAAUCUUAUACAAUCCUUUAAUAUUCAGCUGGAAUCUAUGAGAAUUGGACUCAUUACAACCAGCACAGUUGCUAAUAAUCAUAUUUCCUUGAAAGACGGUGGAAAUUUAGAAACACUCAUGAAGGCAUUACAGAAUAUAACGUAUUCUAAGGGAAAACCUUUGUUUCAUGUAGGGUUGAAUUAUAUUAGAGCAAAGGUCUUCAAUCACAACUUCGGAAGUCGUCCCAAAACAUCUCGUAGUGUUAUUCCAAUAAUUGGAAGUAAAUCAAAACUACCGGCGUAUACGUCACGUGCAGCUGCACUACUGAAACAAAAUGGAAUAAAUGUUCUUGUGUUGGGAAUCGGAAAUAACGUUUCCGUUGCAGAACUGAAAACAAUUUCUAGUCGACCAGAUUCAGGUGGUCUCUUCACUGUGGACGGCUAUGAUUCACUUAUCUCAAUAAAAACCGCCCUGGUAACAAAUAUGUGUUCUGUUAAUCCGUGCCAAAACAGUCCGUGUAAGAACGGAGGAACUUGUAUUAAUAAGGCUUUCCACUACACUUGUCAGUGCACUGCAAACUAUUUUGGACGUUUUUGCCAACAAGUUAGAAAAUGUACAUGUAUUGUCUAUGGUGAUCCGCAUUACAAGACGUUUGAUGGAGAAAUGAUACACUACAUGGGAGGCUGUAAAUAUUCUUUGGUGACAACUAAACAAGGAUACAAUAAAACAUAUUUCUCUGUCGAAGUGAAGAAUGAACAUCGAAGCAAUAAACAUGUCACUUAUACGCGUUUUGUGGAUAUAAAGCUGGAAAAUAAUAUCACAAUAAGCUUAUUGCCAGCCAAUAGAAUUUUGGUGAACUCAGAAGAACGAUCUCUCCCAGUCAUAAAUUACGAAGACAUUUCUGUGAGUUUUGCCGUCGGUUGGGUAAUAGUUACUACCAGAUGGGGAAUGACCGUGGAAUUUGACGGAAGACAUCGAGUUACUGUGAGCCUUCCCUUAUCAUUCGCUAAUGAACUGACCGGCAUCUGUGGUGACUGCAAUGGAAUCAAAGAUGAUCUCCGCACAAAGUCUGGACAAGAUGUUUCAUUACACCCAAAGAAAUUUACUUUAAUUGGUGAUAGUUACCACAUCGCUGAUGACUCUGAUGAGCUGGAAGAUAGUUGUAAAUCGACUCCUCUGUACUGCAAUUGUGAAACGAAAGAAACCGCGAGAUGUGAUGUCAUUAUUAACGGAAAGGCAUUUCAGACAUGUGUUGAAACACUAGGUUAUACGCAGACUAAACAGUUUAUCGAUUCAUGUAGAAUAGACGUCUGUUCAUAUAAAAACGACGAAGAUAAUAUGAAAAAGGUUUUCUGUCAAAUACUUGAAGGGUUUGCCAGUCAGUGUGAAAAUGCUGGAGUUAUUGUGGACUGGAGAAAAGAAGCCAGCUGUCCAAAAUUUUGUCCGAGUUUCCAGGAAUACAGAUACAACACACCUACAUGUCAACCUUCAUGCUUGAAUUUGAAGCCACAAUGUAUGGCUCGUACUGAAGGAUGUAUUUGUCAGCCGGGUUAUAUUCUUAGCGGAAAUGAAUGUGUCAGGCCAUCAAAAUGUGGCUGUAGGAAUGCUAACUUUUAUAUGAAUCUUAAAGAAGAAAUGUAUAGCACCGACUGCAAUACGAAAUAUGUAUGCUUGGGAAGGAACAAGGUACAAAAACUACGAGCACCCUGUCAAGAAAAUAGUCAUUGUACACUUGAAAAUAACAAGCGAAUGUGUACUUGUGAUAAUGGCUAUAUAAUGAGUGAAGGAAAAUGCAUUAAACAAGUUACACAAACAGUAGAACGGGACGACAAAGAUCCCAACAUUGCUAUGAAGAUGCAGGACAAGAUAAUGCAGCAACCGGGUUUUCAAGGGCCCACACUACACCAAUAUGCUCUCCAAAAAGGCCUGAGAGAUCUGCAUGGUACGGAUCUCCUCCUGUCAAGAGUUCCAGAUAAGCUUACCUCACAGCCCGAAAUGCAGAUGAGGGCAGAGGCAUCACUCCCUCAUUCACCAAAUGCCACAAUGUAA